AUGGUAGUUGUCGAUGAUGGUGAUGAAGAUGAUGCUGUUGCUGUUGCUUUUGCUGCUCAAGCUGUUUGGCCUAGUUGCUUAGUUGAUCGGCCGGCCGGCCGACAGGACGGCCUACGGCUUAAUUCGGCUAAGCCGACUGACUGGUCUGCGGGGGAUGUCGUUCGCCUGAUUCAUUCAGCAAAAGAAACAGAGAGGGCGUUCAAUUAA